CUCAUCGGCCUAAAUAGAGUGGGUCAUGUGAGGCAAUUCAAUGGAAAAUCAAUAUGGCUCAACAAUUUCUAAAGAAGUUGUUCCCGAUUUCUCGGAGUAGUGGUGAUAAAUGGCGAACAGAUUCUAAGUCUGAAAUUCGAACUACCUGUAAACAGUGGGUUGAAAAUGGUAUAAAUGACACAGAAAUUAAGAAACCUGUAUGGAAACCACCAAAAUUAGAACGUACCAAAAUAAGAUUGGUGCUUUACCACGAUAAUGAACGAGAUAGAAAUAUUUUAUAUGAUUCUACAUCUGUAAGGAAAACGGAAGAAUUGCAGGGUUGUCAUCUAAGGAAGAAAGGAUGUAUACAGAACAGAUUGAUAUGUUCCGAUGGAGAUUUAUCAAUGAACAAGAAACAUGUACCAUCAAAGUACAUGCUCACCAGAAAAAUGGGAUCAGAUGUAAAAGUAUUGGAGGAACUAAUGUUUGGGUCUGUUGGGAUGGCCUUCAAAGGCCCUUCAUUCAAAGUACACUUUCUCAGAAAUCCAUCACAAAUGAUGUUAACAAAAGUAUUCAUACCAGAAAACCAUCUGAUAAGAGAAUCUUUAUACAGUGAUUUAGAUUCAAUUGACUCACUAAGUAUACAUAGUAAUCAGGAUCUGUCAAUAAGUGACCCAAAACAGAUAUUGCAACAUAACAGACAUGGUUCUUACAUUGCACAAAGUAUACCUGUAGAUGUACCAUCCAUGAGUCAAAAGAGACACAGUUUUGACUUAUUUGAGGAGGAUAGUGGGUUAUCUUUGACUUCGAGUGGGAGUUUUCAUGCUUCAUUCCCGUCCCCUGGUAGUAAUCCUAAUAGUUAUACAAGUUUGCAUCGAAGAUGGAUGAGAAGUCAAUCCAUGUCACUUGAGGGAUAUACUAUGAGAAAGAGAAAUUCCCAAGACAAUCUGGUAGCGCAAGAUCGACAAGAUGUGACCCUUCCAGCUAGGAGACGUAGAAGUAAAAUUGCCAUGGGGAUACUGUUUGAAUUGAAUGACAAUGAUAAGAAUACAGAACAGAAUAAAAUGUUUGAGAACUUUUUCUUUUCCCACAUUACCCUGUUGGAAUCACAUUUAGAAAAGUUAAAGUUAGCCAUUGAAAAGGCUCAUUAUAACAGAGGAAAAUUUGUUGACAUAGUAACUGAGGCCUUAGAAAUAUUUAGAGAUGAUGUCAUAGAUCUCUACACUACACCAAGAUUAUCUGAACCAGUGUGGUUAAAUAUGAUGUCACAUGCAAGCUAUCGUUAUCCCUUAUGUGAAAAUUUUAUGAAGGAUUUCAUGUCAUUAGUUACAAAACAUGAAAAUAAAAAUAACAAUUUUUUUAUAAGUACUCUAGUCACAGCAGUGCUAACACACCAUUUAGCCUGGGUUGCAACUGUGACACCUGCAGGUGCUACAACAUCAAAAACAUAUCUUCACAAUCACUCUGCCAAAUGGGUAGAUGCACUUGCUAAGUCACAUCCUUACAAUCCAAUGUGGGCUCAGUUAGGAGAUUUAUAUGGUGCAAUAGGAUAUCCACUAAAAUUAGCAAGGACAGUGAUAGUAGGCAAAAAGGCAGAUCUUGUGAAAAAGCUUUUGUACAUCCUAACAUACUUCAUUAGGUGUAGUGAUGUCCAAGAAAAUACAGAUCUUUCCUCCAUGAUGAAAUGUAUGGAAGAUAUGAAUUUAGAUGAUAGUGAAAAACAGGACAUCACCCCAAUUAAAGAAGACUGCAAUUCAAACUGUUCUAUUCCUUUUGGUAAUGAAGAUGCAUGUAGUGUUUGUUCCAAUGAUAUAACAGUUAGUGUUAGAACCAAAGAAGCAGGAAGUAAAAAUGAACUAAGACACUCUUUUAGUUUUGAUCAUUAUGAUACAAAAAAUAAAUCAAUAGAGUCAGUAGAAUCUGAUAUACCAUUUCCUAUAACAGUAACUGGAAAGAGUGUUUUUUAUGUUGAAAAUGAUGAUCUUCAACUUGAAAACUGUUUAUCUCAUAAUGAAACUGGAAAUAAAGUAGAUUCUAGUCAGAUAAAUCAAAAUGAAAAGAGAAUAGAUAGGUCCUCAUAUUGCUCAGAUGAAAUGAAAGUGGGCUCUAGUCAAUCUGAUCGCACUGAAAAUAAAAGAAUAUCAAGGUCAAGCAUGCUUGAUAGUUUGGACUCUGUUGGUCAUCAAACAGAGGAUGAGGGUUAUGAUUCUAUUCUAAGCAGUGGAAACUUUGAAGAAACUUUAUUGUAUAAGCCUUGUAGGCUAUCUGGUUCUGAGAUCAAAGAAAAUGUUGCUGUUGAAAAUGUCCAGUUAGUGUCUAGAGCUGUAGUAGAUACAAAGAAGCAUUCUGAUCUGACUUUGCCUUUAAUAUCUAAAGAUUGGUCUGAUAGCCAUAGUGAAGAUAUUAUCUCUAUAAAAAGUGAAGAAGAAAACAAGGUUAUAAGCCCUAGAAAGAAAUCAUUACUGUCAGAAACAUUGUCUAACGAAAGUAAUAAAAUUAGUUCCCAAAUUUCUGAAAAUAAUACUAAUAGACCAAAAUUAACCACAGCACAAAUCAGAAAUAAUUUUCUAAAGGUUGGCAGUAAUAGCCUUUUUAACGAAUAUUUUGAUGAUGAUAAUAUCCAUACAAAGACGAUUGAUGAGGUUGAUGUCAAAGACCGAGUGCUACAGCAUCCAUUGGCUUGUGGGCACUCUAAGUCAUCUGGAAAUAUUGCUGACACCAACAAAAAAGAAGAUUUGUAUGGAAGUCAGUCUGAGUUGGAAUUCAUUCACGCCACUAGGUUGAAUUCUAUUGGAAAUGGAGUCCGUCCAAGAAUUUCAUCAUUUACACGACAGAUAAGUUCAGAUAAAAGUCACAAAGCAAACAGACCUAGCUCAUUGGCACCUGGUAGAUGCAGGUCAGUUACUCCUACCGAGCUUGGAAGAAGGCGUCAUCUAUCAUCAACAGGUAGUUUUGAUAUUGAUUGGUCUGACCCUAUUCAGCAUUUGAAAGAAAUAGAUAUUCCAAGCAUAUGUGAUAAGAUGUCUGGCAGAAGUAUUAACUUAUUUGACAGGAAUUUUGGCAGGUCACUUUUAGCAGGUUAUUCUAAUCAUUACCUGUCAGACUUUGUAUUACAUGGUACAUCAGAAUCUAGUUUUAAUUGUAAAAUGAUGAAGGAUUUACAGCUAUCUGUUCAGCAUUCUGUGUUAGAUGAAACAAUAUCUGAAGCUGUUGGUAUAGUUGCUGAUACAGAUAAAUGGACUGUAGAAAUAAAUAGUAGUUUAUUCCCAGAGAAGUCACCUCAGCCAGUUGUAGCAUCACAACUAGUCUGUAACUUAAUAGAAGACGUCCUACAAUUAUGGAAACUUAAAAUGAGUCCAGAAUUUUGUCUGAUGCAUUUAGAAGAUAGACUGCAAGAAAUUUACUUUAAAAGUAAAAUGUUAGCAGAAUAUCUGAAGGAUAUUACUACAGAUGGUUCUAAAAAAUGCAGUGUUCAUGAUUUAACACAUGUGUUGGGGUUUGAAAGAGGAGACCUUCCAUUACUGAUGGCAAUAGCAGGAACACAUUCUCUUCUUCCAGUAUGCCUAUAGUUUCAAUUUAUUUAAAGUUUUAGAAAAAAACAGUAGAAUAUUUAAUGAUUUAUGAAAUCUUAAAAUGAUUUUCAAUAUUAAAUUUACUGUUUGAAAUCUCAACUGAAAUUAUUUUUUGUAUUUGAUAAUAUUUUGAAUCUUUAUUGUUAUAGGUAUAUCAAUAUUUUAGGAGUUUUGGAAUUAAACAUGCAAUUGCAGGGUAAGAUGAAUGCUGCAUAAUUGUUUUAUUCAAAUAAGGAAUAAUGUUUGGUUAAUGUAAUCUUUUGUUUAUGUACUGAUGUUUCAUUGUAAAGGCCACACAAAUUGAUUUUAAGUUCAGUGUGUGCACUUGCACAAGUUCACCCUGCAGACAAAAUGCAUAAAUUAUGCACAUAAAAGAAAUUUAAAUAACAGAUAAUAUUUUCGUGUAAAUCAAAAUCAUUUACUGCUGAAUAGCAAAUUUUUUGUCAUUUGCACCUUCGAACCUGUUUUCUUUUCAUUUGGUGUAGCCUAAAGGUUGAUUGUAUUCUGAAAUGUGUUGAAAAAUAAGUCUUCAUUUUAAAAGACAUUUUUGUAUUGCAUUAUUGAUAUUGAGGGGCAAAUUCUGUGUCUUAAUUUCUUACUUUUGUUACUCUUUUGCCCCUUUUCUUGUUUGAUUCUUUUCCAAUUACCCUAUGUACCCCUUCAAUAUUAAUGUUAAAAGAAGUUUUAAUUUUGUACGACCUAUAAAUAAUAUUAUGUGACCGCACAAUUUUUGUUCACAGUUUUUGAAAAUUAUUGAUUUAAUGAAACAGUGCUAUAGAUAUUACUAGAUUCUGUGAGAUAGAUGAAUCCGAAUUUAAAACAUUAAAAAUGUUUUGUAAUUUGAAAAAAAAAACAAUGCAGACAGGACACACGACACACUGGCUGUAAAGACAUUUGAUCCUCCUGUUUUAAGCUUGACAAGCACAAUAUCUGUAACAACUUUCUUAAACAGUGGAACUUUCAAAGAAGUUUUGUCAGUUUACACCUUUUGUUUUUUUGUGCCAAUUGAAUAAAAGAGAGAAGGGAUAGCGGAAGAUUUAUAAAAAGUUUUCUUAUAAUUCAAGAUUUUAUGCCCAACAAGGGGAAACGGAAUGUAUUACUAAUAGAUGAAAUAUGACAGUUUUGCCGGAUAUAAAGCAAUUUUUCAUAUAGAACAAAAAUGAUGGAUUUAACUUAAACUAAUACACAACAGACACAACUACAAAUUAAGUUUCAAAGAAGUAGUACAUUUUCACAUAAAUGAACAAAAAAACAAUUGUUAAAUAUAUUUUCCCAAAUACUUAAUUGUUUUAUUUUCAUUUGCAUAAUCAGAAUGUAUUUAGUUGUUUCCAUAAGCCUUUGUAUGUAGUUAUUUUUGUGUUAUAUAUUUAUAUUACAUAUCAACUUGCCAAACUGAGGGCUUAUAUACUGGUAUGAAUGCUAAAUGCAGCAUAAUUGUAUUUAUUUAAAGCAGCAAAUCAAUUAAAACAGCUCAAUAUAUUAA